AUGAGCGCGCUGCCCCCUCUUUUAUUAUUGGACCGAUAUGAUGAUACAGAUCCAGUGCUUGAACCGGAGAUUGCUCAGCAGAUUCGCAUGCAACUGCCGCGGAAAUUGAGAAACGCGACAAAGUGGAACCUCGUCUACUCAUCGGAUCAGCAUGGAAUCAGUAUGACAACGCUUUUCCACCGCUGUCGUGGCAAGGGUCCUAUGGUUAUGGCUAUCAAGGAUAGCACAGGUUGUGUCUUUGGUGCGUUCAUCACCGAGGAAUUAAAGCCAAAUCUGUCAUACUAUGGAACUGGGGAGUGGUAUGUAGACUUGAAACGGAAGCAAAAAGUGGUUCAAUUCUGGAAAUGGACAGGAAAGAACGAUUAUAUGGUGUUGUCCGAGCCUGGAUUUAUUGGUCUAGGCGGUGGUGAUGGCAAGUUUGGACUUUGGUUACAUUCUGACUUAGAGAUGGGGCAUUCAGCAAAGUGCGCGACAUUUGAUAACGAGCCUCUCGCUGCUGCCUGCCGACAUCCUAUCAUCAUUGGCCCUAAUGGCGAACAGCAGCGUGCACCGACGCUGAUCAAGCCGUCAGUAGCAGCUGAUAGACCAUAUAGUCGAAGCAGCAGCCCCAAGAAUGACAAGGAAGAGUUUUAUUGCCAAACCGUUGAGAUUUGGGCCAUGGCUUUGUAA